AUGGCACAAAUUCAAAAAUUCACAGGACCUCUGAUCAAUAGUGACCUGGAAUCGUUAAAAAGGUCGUUGGGACAACCUGAACUACACGUAACCAUUAGUGUAUUUCAGACAGUGAGAACGUGCAUCAACAUAAUAAACGAGUUUUUGGAACCAGACUCUAAUUGUUUUCUGGAAUUCAAAGAUGACAGAAUGAGAUUGAAGUAUAAAACAACCGACAAAAAGUUCAUCAUUCAAGGAGCUUUCGAAUUUUUAGAUCUUUCACAUUUCAAUCCUACUAUAAGGAGUGAUAACAACAAUGUAAUUCAGGUUGAAAUCCUGACGACAGAGUUAAUUGAUAUGGUCAAAAAAAUACACAAUGCAACCUAUGAAACCCAAACCAUUAUAUUGGAAAUUGCCUGGCGAAACUUGGGACCCGUAUUUCACGUUCAAAUUUCGAUAGAUGAAGUACGCACCACUUACGAAUUUCCUAUUACAUUGGCAACAGAUCCAAUUAAAUUUAUUGAACUAAAAUAUAACCCAGUCGUUGUCGUAAAGUUACCAGAUCAAGAAGAAUUUCGUAAAAAAGCAUCAGUUUUUCCCCGUCUCUUUGCAACUGUUGACAUCAAGGCCAACCGACAGGGAAAAUUACAAAUUACUGGUUUUUCACACUAUUCUAGCAUUCGAUGCAACUGGGACAAACUGCAAUAUACGAAUCUCCCGAUACUUGCUGACGUAAAUGCACCAACUGCUCCUGAUGAAAUAAGAGGCGUGAGGGUAUUGGCAGCGACUUUAGAUAAGGUUGUGAGUGUUGGAUCAGAACUCGAUAUUCACACGGUUGCUGGGAUUUGGGAGAAUUCAGCAUUGCAACUUCAAAUUUAUCUCGAUAAGGAAUUUAGAGAGAAAGUAGCAGAAAUCUAUAUCAGUCAGUUUAAUGAUGAUUAA